AUGUAUCGUCACCUCAGAAGUUAUAUGCCUUUAAGUAAACUUCUGACAGCAGAAGCAUUUGUUGUUCUUGAAUUUUUUCUUGCAUUUGGUGCUUUGAGUGUGUUGUCUAUAGUGGCUGGGGUGACACAUGGUGGAAUAGGGUCAUGUCCUGGGGUGCUGGGUGUGGGGUCGAGGGCUGGUGUUGGGCUAGGUUUGUCGUGUGGAGGCCGAGGUUCUAAGGCUAGGCAUGUAGAUGGGUACAAGUUGUGGCACUCAGGCAGUGAUAGGCUCAGGAAUGGCAUAGGUAUCUUAGUGGAUGAGGAGCUCAGGGGGCAGGUAGGGGAGGUUAAUAGGGUUAGUGAUAGGGUGGUGACUAUCAAGUUGGUCUUUGGGGGGUUUACUUUGAACAUCUGUUGUGCGUAUGCGCCACAUGUGGGUCUGGACGAGGAGGAGAAGAAAAGUCUUUGGGAGGUUUUGGAUGAGGUGGUUAGAGGCGUGCCUAGUUCGGAAAAGAUUUUCUUAGGAGGGAAUUUUAAUGGGCACAUAGGUUCUUUGCCGUUAGGGUAUGAUGAUGUGCACAGAGGUUUUGGGUUCGAGGUUAGGAAUGGUGAGGGAGUUGCUCUUUUGGAGUUUGCGAGGACCUUUGGAUUGGUGGUAGUGAAUUUCAGUUUUCCGAAGAAGGAGAAGCAUCUUGUUACUUUCCGUAGUAGGUUAGCCAAGACUCAGAUUGACUUUUUGCUGCUUAGGAAGGGGAAUAUAGCUUUGUGUAAGGAUUGUAAGGUGAUCCCGAGUGAGAAUCUUACGACCCAGCAUAGACUGCUGGUGAUGGACUUGGCUAUCAAGAAGGGCAAGAAGAGGCGGGGUGGGAAGGGUCCGCCUAGAAUUAGGUGGGGCUGA